CACCGCGCGCGCCGGGGGAGGAGCGCGCGCCGGUGCUAAUUGGCCCUGGCGGCGGCCCCGCCUACGAGUGGCGGGAGGUCACGUGACGCGACGGCUGGGGGCUCCCGGCGCGGGGGACGCUGGUGGCCAAGAUGGCGGCGGAGCUGGUGGAGGCCAAAAACAUGGUGAUGAGCUUCCGGGUCUCCGACCUGCAGAUGCUGCUAGGGUUUGUGGGCCGCAGCAAGAGCGGGCUGAAGCACGAGCUGGUCACCAGGGCGCUGCAGCUGGUGCAAUUUGACUGCAGCCCUGAGCUCUUCAAGAAGAUCAAGGAGCUGUACGAGACGCGCUAUGCCAAGAAGAGCACCGAGCCGGGCCCGCAGCCACACCGGCCCCUGGACCCUCUCACCGUGCACUCGGCCUACGAGCGGGCGGGCGCUGUGCCCAGGACUCCCCUGUCGGGCCCCAAUAUUGACUACCCCGUGCUCUACGGGAAGUACCUGAACGGACUGGGACGUUUGCCCGCCAAGGCCCUCAAGCCCGAGGUCCGCCUGGUGAAGCUGCCCUUCUUCAACAUGCUGGACGAGCUGCUGAAGCCCACCGAGCUAGUCCCACAGAAUAACGAGAAGCUACAGGAGAGCCCCUGCAUCUUCGCGCUUACGCCGCGGCAGGUGGAGCUGAUCCGGAACUCCAGAGAGCUGCAGCCCGGAGUCAAGGCCGUGCAGGUCGUGCUCAGAAUCUGUUACUCAGACACCAGCUGCCCGCAGGAGGACCAGUACCCGCCCAACAUCGCAGUCAAGGUUAACCACACCUACUGCUCCGUCCCGGGCUACUACCCCUCCAACAAGCCCGGAGUGGAGCCCAAGAGGCCCUGCCGCCCCAUCAACCUCACCCACCUCAUGUACCUGUCCUCGGCCACCAACCGCAUCACGGUCACCUGGGGGAACUACGGCAAGAGCUACUCGGCCGCGCUGUACCUGGUGCGGCAGCUGACCUCUGCGGAGCUGCUGCAGAGGCUGGAGACCAUCGGCGUGAAGCACCCUGAGCUGUGCAAGGCACUAGUCAAGGAGAAGCUGCGUCUGGACCCCGACAGCGAGAUCGCCACCACCGGUGUGCGGGUCUCCCUCAUCUGCCCGCUGGUGAAGAUGCGGCUCUCGGUGCCCUGCCGCGCGGAGACCUGUGCACACCUGCAGUGCUUCGACGCAGUGUUCUACCUGCAGAUGAACGAGAAGAAGCCCACCUGGAUGUGCCCGGUGUGCGACAAGCCGGCGCCCUACGACCAGCUCAUCAUCGACGGGCUGCUGUCUAAGAUCCUGAGCGAGUGCGAGGAUGCGGACGAGAUCGAGUUCUUGGCCGAUGGCUCGUGGUGCCCCAUCCGCGCGGAGAGGGAGAGGAGCUGCAGCCCGCAGGGCCCCAUCCUGGUGCUCGGCACCUCGGACACCAACGGGCUGGUGCCCACCCCCAACGUGAACGGUGGCAGCGGUGGCAUGGCACUGGGGGGCACAGGUGGCGGGGUGGGCACAGUGGGCAGCGUGGAGAACGGGAAGCCAGGAGCGGACGUGGUGGACCUCACCCUGGACAGCUCAUCGUCCGAAGAAGAGGAGGAAGAGGAGGACGAGGAGGAUGAGGACGAGGAGGAGGACGGCCCCCGGCCCAAGCGCCGCUGCCCCUUGCCCAAGGGCCUGGUGCCGGCCUGCUGACCUGGCCGCGGCCGCCGCCGCCAGACACAACUUCGCUGGUGCUCAGUGCGGAGGGCGGGUGGCCGGGCGCCGGGAGGGCCUGGCUUUUCUUCCCGUUGUCCGUUUGUUUCCGCAGCCCCGUCCCCGGCUCCUGCCUCUGGACCUCUGGACUCUCCUCUCGGGGGGGAUUAAAAAACAGUAAAAUGACAAAAAAAAAAAAAAAAAAAAAGAAAGAAAAAGAAACAGAAAAAACAAAAAAGAUUUAAACUCUUUAAGGCAAGCCACCCACACCGCAGUCGCCCCCCCAGACAGAGCCCAGGCCUCCCGGGACAGCGGAGCCGGGGCGGCAGGCAGGACCUGGGCCCGCCGACCCUCCCACAACCAUUCCAGCUGAUGUCGCGGACGGUGGGCGGGCCCGCUCCCGAGAGCACCCUGCCUCUGCAGCCUCCCUUUCUCUGACUCCUCCGCAUUUUAGCUCCGAAGCCAUGGAGGGGUGGGCGUGGGGCGGGAGGUCGGGGAGGGCUCGCCAUGGACGUGUGUUUUUUGAAAGUGCAAUAACUUGGUAUUUUGAAGACCCGGCGGCGGCCAGGGCCUCCCCGGGGGAGGCAGGGGCCCCAAGUGCGGCACUGUGGGUGUGGGGGUCCCCGUUUCCUAAGCCAGCUACCUCGGUAACUCCAAUUCAGGUUAACUCCCUCCGGAACAGCGCCACAGAUGUCCACGCGGCCCCCAGCCAUCGGGGCCCCGGGCCCGCAGGACUUGGGGUGGCCCCCCCUUCUUCUUGCUCUUGGGUUUUUCCACGGGUAUGAGGCUUCGCCUGGCGCCUCCGCUCCUGCCUCGAUCUUCCAGCAGGACAGGUGGGGACACCCUGCAGCCCACCCGCCCUGCUCCCGGCACCAAACCAGCCCGGCUCUGCCAGGUCCUGGGCCUCGGGGCCGUGGCAGGAGGCGGGGGGGGGGGGGGGGGGGCAGGCGCCCGGCCGGCCCUCCUGUUGUGCUCUCCCGCCCGCCCGCCCACCCGGCCAGAGCAGAACUGUGCUAAUCAGGAAGCAAUACCCCUUCAGGUGUAGCGGGGACUGCGGCCUGGGCCUGGGAGGCGCUCAGUCUUAACUGUAUGAACUCCGCUGCAGCCGGCCCCCCUCCGCCUGCACGGCAGCGCAGCGAGGGCCACUCUUUUCUAAUAUUUGUAUUCUAAUUUAAUUGUUUUUUAAAAAUGCAAAUAAAAAAGGUCAACAUAAAACCA